AUGAGCGGAAGAAACGACGAAGCUUCUGGAAGUGGCGGGGCGAGUAAUGGGGAAAAAGCUUUGGCUACCUCAUCGGAAGAGAGUCGGAGUGCCGGAACAAAGAGAAAAAACGAAGAAAAUGAUUGUGUAGCCAAGCGGCGGAAAGAGACAAAAGGCGACUCUUCGGUUUUGGUAUCAGAGGAACAAGCGAAUGGGAUUUCCGAGAAAAAUAACGAGGGAACUUCUAGUGGAUCUUCGCCUCCCACAACUAUCCUCGCCAUAAACGUCUAUUGCUGGGAUGUUAUAAUAUCUUACCUGAGCCUGAGUGAUCUAAGGAAAAAAAUUACUCGACUUAGGCCAACCAAAACAAUCUUCUCCUUAAACGUCGAUUGCUGGGAUGUUAUUCUAUCUUACCUGAGCCUGAGAGAUCAAGUGCAACUGGCCGCCUCAAACCGUCAUCUUACAGGAGUUUUCGAAUCCUUACAACAUCGUUACAGAUGCCUUACUGAACGCGACACGGCAAAUAUCGACGAAACAGAUUUGCAUUUAUUACUUGAAAUCGUUAAAGAGCAUUUAAUCAGCUAUGAGUCAUCACUCGAUCCUCAGUCCAACGGCGACCAGCAUUUGUGGCUGUUGCGCCGUUUUGAUAACCUGCGACACCUAAAAAUGACCUUCCGGCGACCCAGAUUUCACGAUUUGAAACAGUUGAAGAGUCUAACAUCAAUACAUGCCUAUCUGAACUUCGGCAAUGCGGAGAUCUACGAGAAUUUCGUUCGGAGCCUGACGGAACUGCCUCACCUAAGAAAAUUAAUAUUGGAGUCGAGAGAUUAUAAAGGAAAGGGACUGCAUGUCCUGGAAAAUUUGGAAUCCCUGGAGAUCGGCUCGCAUCCCGGAUUUGAUGCCAACUUUUUAGCGGAGUGUUGCACGAAAAUGAAGCAGUUGCGCCACCUUAAUAUGGGAAAACACAUCGAUAACCUUACCGCGGAAAAUUUUAAGGUAAUUGUGAAGAACUGUCGCCAUUUGGAAAGGCUGGCUUUUGGAAAAAGACUUCUGGAACCGACUGUUCGCUAUGAGAUUGUCUGCCAGCUGCCCAAUCUGAAACACCUGCAGUUGUUGUAUCGGGACUCGCUAAGAACACAUUUCAUCGAGGGACUGAUUCGAAAACAGGGCUUUCCGCUGGAAAGUCUUAUUUUAGAGGGAGACUAUUUGGAACCUGAGCAAGUAGAUCAUCUUUGCGAAAUAUCAUCCCUCCGGGAGCUUUCUGUAGCCUGCGAAAUUUUUCCAUUAAAAAGUCUCUUGAAGCUGCGAACCCUGGAAAUCUUGGACAUUAGAAUGCCAACUGUUACAAAUGAAAGCCUAUUGGCCCUUCUGGAAGGCUGUCCUCCUUUGCGCGUAUUAAGUGUUCGAAGUUGCGGAUUAAUCACCUCAGAUUUUGUUUUGGAAGCAAAUCGAUUGUAUAGUCGCAGAAAGAUCAAAAUUUACUUGCACCACGCAUCAGUUGAUUGGCGUAAACUCCCGAUUUUAAAUGACAAUAAGUUCAUUCAAUUCAUAGACGGCUUUUUGAGUAGCCCCAUUUUGAUAAACCAAGAGCUUUUGUGA